CACCGACUGCCACGCCAGCUGUGCUUUAGUUUCCCCCAUUUCUUGUAAUUUCACACACCCUUCCCCCGACCCCAAUUUCGUAAUCAUACCUUUCUCCUCAAUCAUUUCGGGUAACAAAAUUGAAAACCCAAAUAUUUUCAUUAAAUUAAUUUCUUUAUUUACUUUCAACAUUUUUUAAAAUCCUUCAUUCCAAUCGGAAAUCCAAUACUGUGUUUCUUCUGUCUGUUCGAAAACUCAAUCUCAAUUUUCCAUUUUCCAAUUUCCAAUUCGCUUUUUUGGACUCCAAGAAGGAAUCAGAAACAAAUAUUUUUGGUUUUCGAGUCAAGAAAUUUUUGAAAUCUCAACACAACCCCCACACACACCAAAUCAUCAUCAUAGUGAAGUAAAAUAGAUGACCGUGGCUGAAAGGUUGUUUCGAUUCAAUCAAACAAUUUCAUACAACUCUUUUCCUCCAACUCUCACAAACAUUCAUUGCAUUCAUUUCCACAAUUAAGCUUCAGGGGGGGAAAACGCUCGCUGAUUUAGGGUUAGGUUUUUUUUUUUUUUUUUUUUUCAAUUUCUCAAAGAAGAGUAGGCAGAGGCAGAGGAAGAGGAAGACUAGGUUUACGGGUUAGGGUUCUGGUUUUGCGUUUUUCUUGAAAAAUGACUGACGUGAUACUGCAUAUAUACGACGUUACGAAUAGCGGAUCAGAUAAGACCAACAAUACAAUUGUUAAUAUCAACAAGAUCUUCAAGGAUGGAAUUGGUCUAGGCGGUAUCUUCCAUAGCGCUGUUCAGGUUUAUGGAGAUGAUGAAUGGUCCUUUGGGUUUUGCGAGCAAGGAACUGGAGUUUUCAGUUGCCCCUCUGGACAGAAUCCAAUGUACACAUAUCGUGAAAGUAUUAACCUUGGGAGAACAAACUGUUCAAUUUUCAAGGUUAACCAGAUUUUAAGAGAGCUUAGUAGAGAGUGGCCUGGAAGUUCUUAUGACUUACUAUCAAGGAACUGUAACCACUUUUGUGAUCAGUUCUGUGAGAUGCUCAAUGUAUCAAAGCUUCCAGGUUGGGUUAAUCGGUUUGCCAAUGCUGGUGAUGCUGCAUUGGAAGUAGCUGGAAACACAGCAGUUCGUUUCAAACAAGCAAAGACAGAGAUCAUAUCGGCCAGCAAAGUUGCAUACCGUUUUCUUCUAGGGGCAACAAACAAUGUCAUGUCUUCUCCAGAGUCUACUAGUAAUUCAAAUAGAGGUACUCCUAGAUUUCAAGCCGCAUGGUUUAAGAAUCUCAUCACUACUGGUGCGAAACCAUCGAGUAGUUCAGAAUUAGGAAAUCAAGUUGAAGGCACACAGCAGCAACAACAACAAUGCAAAGCAAAUGAAGAUACACCAAUGUUGCUCAAUUCGCGAUCACAACAUGAUAUGUGAAAGUGCAUGUUGUUGUUUCUGGAAUGUUGUUAGGUACAAGUGGAAGUCGUGUUGAUGAACUUAGGUUUAUUUGUUUGAUUAAGUGUAAAAUUUGAUUUUUACUACUGGAAAAGUAUAUUGAUUUGUGUGGGUUUAGGGCACUGCCCCUUUGUUUUGCAUCUGAUGGUACCCUGUGCUACAAAGUCAUUGCAUAGGAAGUGGGCGAAAAGGUGUAAGGUUCGAAUUUCUAUAGAAUUAGAUAUAAUGCAACCGUUGCUUGAAGGUUAUGUUUCUAA